AUGGGUCACCCUAGUUCUUCAAGAAUAGGCUACUUCAGCAUGGUUCCCCCACAGCAUCACAAGUCCUACCAGGAAACCUACUCUGGCAUGGGCUCCUUGAAUGGGUCUGCAGCUAUGGUUUUUCUGAGCAAUUUGGAACCAAAUACAACAUAUGAAAUCAAAGUGGCUGCUGUAAAUGGGAAAGGACAAGGAGAGUACAGCAAAACUGAGAUCUUUCAGACCUUACCUGUCCGGGAGCCAAGCCCCCCUUCAAUUCAUGGACAACCAGAGAGUGGCAAGAGUUUUAAACUUAGCAUAACUAAACAAGAUGAUGGAGGUGCCCCCAUACUGGAAUAUAUUGUCAAAUACAGAAGUAAAGAUAAGGAAGACCAGUGGCUAGAGAAAAAAGUUCAGGGUAGUAGAGACCACAUCAUCUUAGAGCAUCUUCAGUGGACGAUGGGUUACGAAGUACAAAUUACAGCUGCCAACAGACUGGGUUAUUCUGAACCAACAUUGUAUGAAUUCAGCAUGCCACCAAAGCCCAACAUUAUUGCUGAUACUCUCUUUAAUGGCCUUGGACUUGGUGCUGUCAUUGGCCUGGGAGUGACAGCCCUUUUGUUAAUCCUGGUCGUGACUGAUGUCAGCUGCUUCUUUGUACGACAAUGUGGAUUGCUCAUGUGCAUCACCAGGAGGAUCUGUGGGAAAAAGAGUGGUUCAAGUGGAAAAAGUAAAGAAUUGGAAGAAGGAAAAGCUGCUUAUUUGAAAGAUGGAUCAAAAGAGCCGAUAGUGGAAAUGAGAACAGAGGAUGAAAGAAUUAACAACCAUGAAGAUGGGAGUCCAGUAAAUGAGCCAAAUGAGACAACUCCCCUCACAGAACCAGAGAAGCUGCCACUAAAGGAGGAAAAUGGCAAAGAAGCUUUAAAUCCAGAAACCAUAGAAAUCAAAGUUGCUAAUGACAUCAUCCAGUCAAAAGAAGAUGAUAGCAAAGCAUAAUAAGAUAAACUACAGCUGUCUGGAUAAUGCAUUUGGAUUGAAGUAAUCCCGUGACCAAAACUUUACAGCUGACCUUAAUUUCUUGGGAAACUUAAGCUUGGAAUAGUUAGUACAUGUGUACAUAUGAUGAAACAGUUCCUGUCUACAGGUUUUUUCUAUUUUUUUUGUUGUUGUUGUUGUUAAUGGUUUUAGUAUGUAGUUUUGCUGACACUAAGUCCCAUGACAUAAAUCUGAAAAAUCUGAACUACAGAACUAUAAAAAUAAGAACUAUAAUUUAUUAUAUGACAGUGUGUCUGUUCAGAAGAAAAAUUCUAAAGCACCCCUAAUCACAAACAACACAAGGCCUCUUCUGAUCUUAUAGUGCAAGCUACAUACAUAAAAUGCCAUAUGAUAAUGUAUUUAUUUCCAUUUAUAAUAAAAUGAAAUUUUAGGUUGCCUUUAAAAAAAACCAAAAAAACAACUAAACCAGUCUCAAAAUAAUGUUUAAAACCUUAGUUCUGGCUGACACUCAAUAGUCAUUCCAGCUGUGAUUAUCACUUGAAGCAAAAAAAAAAAAAGAGACAUAGUUCAACACAGAGCCAGGUCCCACUGCAGUUUCUCCUGGGUUCUUCGAUUAAAAAAAAUAAACCUGGUAAUCACAAGUUACAAGCUCAAAUAAAAUUGGCUAAAUAUUUCACAACAGUCUAUUUCCCUCAUCCUAACUACAUGAGUGUAACUCUGAAAGGCUCCAGGAUUUUCAGUGCUUCAGGUUUUCUGUAUGAAAGUUUUGGAGGUUACAUGUGAACUAAAAUGUAGCCAAGAUGCAAAAAGAAAUCUGAUUUUUAUCAUAAUCUUCACUUCAAAUGAAAACAUACAAUAUUUGUCCUUACAUAUUUAUGCAUACAGGGUACUAAUUUUUGUCUUAGUUUAAAGCAUUUAGCAAAGGGAUAAAACUGUUUUAGUGAAGUAAAUACAUUUUCUCCCCCAGUAUACAAAAUAUUAAACUUGGCCUUUUUUUGAAGCAGGACUUUUUCCUUGUGAUUUCAUACCCUUUGUCUUAAGAAGUACAAUGUAAGAACAGAUGGAAAGAGGACUUUGUCUAAGCAGUUAGGAACGAUUUGAAAUUAUUAAUUAUUGCAAUCUUACAGUCAACCAAAUAAUUUUUUUUUUCAUGUAAACCUUUCUCUAAGAUAUUCCUUUUUAUUAUUCUGAUCAACAUUCUCCACCAGGAAAUUUGACAGAUUUAUUUGAAUUGAAAUUCAUUCAUAUGAAAGAAUCAUUGAUUUAAUGGUGCCACUAACUGGAGCAAGAUUGUUUCCAUUCCAGCAUACCCACACCUACCAAACUCUUCAAAGCCUUACUUUGAAAGAAGUAGAUAACUAGUCCAGAAAACUAGACUGGAAAAUUCUACUUGUUGGGAGUAAAUGGUAGAAUAAGUUUUGAAUUCUCCACAUCUAAGCCAUGCCUGAGGUUUAAGUGAGGUUUUACUCAACAAAUUGUGUUUUCUACAUGCUAUAUCUGAAUUUCAAUCAUAUUUGAAGUCUUUGUACUAGAUGACUUUUGUGCAGUAAAACUGAAAGUGAAAUGUAAAAGGAUAUCCUUAAAUUUGAGGAAAAUAUCAUGAUAACCUUCUUGUGAAACCAAGUUUUAGUGCAUUUGAAAGAGUUGAGGACAAUAUAUUUAAUUCUUAGCUUUUUCUUAUUUUUCAAAACCAAGUUGUUAUAUUUUUUUUAAUAUUUUUUCUCACAUUGGGAAAUACCUAAAAUGAACCAAGAAGUUGAGAACAGAGGCAUACCGGUGGUUUGGCUAGGAUAGGAGGCCAAGUUCCCACAAAAUAAAUACCAAAGUGAAAAAAUAGAAAAGAGGGGAUGGUGAUAUGGGAUGAAACUCACAGAAGAUAAUAAUUAAAAACUGCUGAAAAUAAAUUUCUCCAAAUGCUGAGGCACUAAUUCUGGGUGAAGGGAAGAUGAAGACAUUCUUUUAUGAAAUCUCAGUGUUGCUCCCAUUUACUGAGCAGGCAGUACUACCAAUUAGCUGUUUGUCUAUCAGAUAUCUGAUAAUUUCUAAUCAGAUUUCCUGAUUCAUUCUAAGUACACAGCAAGCAAGCCUGCUCCUAACCUAUAAUUAGGAGAGCAGUUGUCUCAUUUAUCUAUAUGGAUUUAUAUUCUUUCCAGAAAGUAUGUAUUUGCAGCUGGGCUUUCUUCUUCUGUCACUAUGCAAAAAAGGGACCUGGACAACUCCAGCAGUUAAGAAUGUGAUUGGUGUGACUUGAACAGCCUCUCACAAAAUAUUUUUACUGGGAUGAGGAUGAAGAUGGUAGAUAUUUUUCUCUUCUACCUGCUGUGACAAAUUUGGACAAAUUCCCUAGGAAAAUGGUGUUUUUUCUGAAGUCAGCCUGAUCAUUUCCACAAGAAGGUGCCUAUACAGUGCAGCAGAAAUAACAGUGUGUAGGCUCUACUGCAGAUGCAUUUCAAAUUUUAGUACUUCUUAGUUUAACUUCCUCAAAAAAAAAAAUUUAAAAAAAAAAUAAUCAUGGCCUAACGGUUCUAUAUUGGUAGGUUUUUUUUUUUUUUGUUUUUUCCUCUCUGAUGUGGCCUCUCAUUACAGUGUGAAGGGUUUAGAAGAUUUAAAAUGUCUUGUCAGCACAUUUAUUACUAAUACACCUGUGCUACUAUUUACAAGCAAAAUAUACUGCAGUAUUAUUUCAAUAUUGGAAGCAAAAACAUGUCCCAUAUACUGGAUUACAAAUCAAAAGCUAUUUCCUGGAGUAUUUAAUUUCUUCUUGCUGUUAUGUCUCUUGGCAGCUGGGCUGUGUGAGGGCUGAUAAUGAAACAGCUCUAAAUUUCUGAUGGACUGUCCAAGCACACCUUUUUGGUCCGUGGAUUAAUAGAUUAUCUCUUAUGCUUUGACUCGGUUGCAGGAGAAAACCAAACUCUCACUAUGAAAGAACACCACUGGUAUUUCAAAAUAUUUCCAAAUGAGGGACAGCACAUUAUAAUUUGUAAGAUAUAUGUAGAACUGGAAUAACAACAUUUGUUUAUUUUCUUUUCCUAUUCUAGAUUUAAAAAAAAACAAAAAACAACAAAACAAACAAAAACAGCUAUCUGUAUAAAUGUCACUUUUACUGUCUAAAAGUAAUUUUAAGUGUUAGUAUGAAAUGUCAGAAGAGUUGACAAAAUAUAACUAUUUGUAAAAGUAAUCUGAAUUGUUACACUAACAUACUCCAGGGACCAGGGAGGGAGUAAUUGAAAUUAAUACUGAACAAAAUGUGGCAGUGACAAUGUCUUUUCAACGACAAAAAACAAAAAAAAAAAAAAA